AACACAGAGAAUAAAGCUUUAGACCUGAAGUCACAACACUUUACUGGUCAUUCACUCUCCACCCCACCUGGACCAACUCUAAGCCAACAUGUUCACCACUCGUCUUGCUAUGCUGUCUGCACUUGUUCUGGUACUGAGUGCCAUCACAUUUACCGAAGGCCUGCGUAUGGCAAGCGGACCGAAGAAGUGUUGUUUUACCUUUGCUGAUCGUCAGAUACCCAGAGGUAGAGUGGUGGGUUACGCCAAGACCAGCCAGCAGUGCUCCAACCCAGCCAUUCUGUUUAAGACUCAGGCGGGGCGACAGGUGUGUGCCAGGUCCUCAGACAGAUGGGUGAAGGACUACAUCAGCUUCCUGGACAGCAAGAAAUCUGGGGAGCAGACACCACUCCUGUAACCUUCAGAGCCUCUUUUGUACCUCUAUUUCACAAGGAUAUGGCCAGUGAUCUGCCUCAGAGACAGCAGUCAUGGUCCUGAGCCAAAACACAACCUGGGUCUGGGGAUAUAGAUAAGCUAGAUGAUCUCUAUAUAACUGUAACACUGUGAGCAGCCUGUAUACCUUUCUCUUUACCAUUUGACGCCUGUGAUCAAAUGACAGAUAACUAUUUGACAGAGAACGAUUGUCAAUAUUUAUUUUUUGAAUUCUAUUCAAUACACACAUCCGUAAAACACAUAAUUGUGUAGAAUUACUUGUGCAUAGUGAUGAUUAGAUGAAAUUAGAAUUAGUUCCAUAGAAUGACCUAGGUUAUGUUACAUUUCAGUAUGCUUGAUUACUGAAUUGCAGGCUAUUGGCCUAUAUUCUGUUUUAUUGCCUUCAAUUCAUUAAAAUGCAUGUGGAUAAAUC